CUCUUUAGUGAUUUAUCAAUCUCGCAUUAUACUGUGCGAGAUCAGAUUAAGAACCGUGACAUUUGAGUCUGAACUGUAGUGAGCCUAAUGAACAAAACGGACCUAAAUGGUUGGAGAAUCUUUAGCAAAACCUAAAUUCUAAUUAGGUAGGUGAAAUACAGCAUGUCAUUUCAUUUUGCUUGUUUGCUUAGGCCAAAAUUGCCUCUUUUUUUUUUUUUUCAUUCUCUCUUUUGGCAUUUUAUUUUUUAAUUUAUUCGUUCAUAUUUUGGUUUAAAAGAAUGCUAGAAGUAUCUAACAGUAAAUCGUGUCCAUAAUUGCUUUUCAAUCAAACAUAAGUGGGUCGUUCAAAAUAAAAUAAAAUAAAAUAAACACAGGUGGGGACAACAAAAAUCCAACACUUUCUUUCAUCUUAUAAUUGUGAAACCUUUCUUUUUGACCAAAAAAAAAAAUUAAAAAAACACAAAACUUGCUGACCCAUCGUCUUUGGGUUUAGCAAAAUGGUGGAUGCACUUAAUCCACUUCAAUGCUUUUUGGUCAAACACAUGGAAAAGAAGAUGGUUUUCCACUAAACAAAACAAACUACAACAAGAUUUCCCAAAAAAGAAAAGAGAAAAUAAUAAUAAGAAUUUUUUUUAAAUAAACAAUUAACUGAAUAAAAUAAAAAUAGGUAAAUGAAAUAAGACUAAAUAACUUUUGCAUCUUCUUGUUGAGUAACUAUUAUAUAUAUUGUUAAAUUGUGUAGAUGUAGCAUUGGACAUAUUGAAACACUACCCACAGCUGGCAAUGGCUCGAGAUGGGAAUGGUGAGACAGCAUUGCAUGUACUGGCUCGAAAACCUUCAGCAUUUACUGGUGGAAGUCGGGUUAGCAUGUGGAAAAUAUUUAUUAACACAUGUUAUUUUCUCCAACCAUAUCUCUUCUCAUCCAUGUAUUUUACUAGCUUCUCAUGAAUAGAUCUGCUCGAUGGGGACAUUCUUUUACAAGCCUAGGUACUCUCUAUCAUAUAACCCGAUGGAAAAGGACUAGUAAAUUGUGAGUUUAGACUUGGUAAAAAAUAAGUAAUGAUUCUUUCAGUUUGGAGUGGCCAGGGAAGUAUUUAUACCUGAAAAAACAGAACAAAAUGAUCUGAAGCAACUGAAAAAACUUGAAGCACACCUGUGUAUAAUAUGGAGUCUACUACUUCACAAAAUACAAAAUGAUAUUUGUCAGCCUACAUCUUGGCAACAAUAUUUUCUUUUGAAACUUACUAAAAGAGGCCAUUGGCUCCAUUGAAUAAAAUUGCAUUUUCUGAUAAAUGAUUUUGUUGUAGUGCAUAAUUCUUGACCUUUGGAAAAUGUACAUAUGGAUCUGAUUAAAAUAGUUUCUACUUCCUACACUUCAUCAUUUCCCCAAUUUCUAAUUUUCCACCUAUGAAUAUUGUUUUGUUUAAAUGCUUUAUUUGAUAAGUUUAUAAUUUUGGGCGAUUUAAACCUUUCUAUCAUACCUAACUUGUUACUACCUUAGCUGCUUGACCUACAUGAUCAUUUUUAAGUCAGUUGGCUAGGCAUAGUUUGCACACAGGAAUUUAAUAUAUGAUGGUAUCCUCUUUCCCAAUUCCUGAUUGUUUUUUGAUGUGUUGAGCUUUGGAUCUUCAUUUGAAGCCAUCAAAUACUGGACCUAUUGAUUGCAUCAUGUGGGCGCUUAUUGAAAUCUUUCUAAGAAGUUCAAGAAGGGAUGAGAAGGACCAUGCCAUUGUUAUUUAAGAAAGUAUUGUGGUAAAAAUCUCUCUUGUAAAUGGAACAAGGUAUUCUCGAUGAAAAUCAAAGAUCAUGACGAAUAAAUUAAAUUUCAUGUAGAUUGCUAGACAGUAAAAAAUGCUUCUCUAUCAAAAUACUGAUUAAAAUGUCAAGAUUUGAACUUGAGACAGUAAGAAAAAUGCAUGUCAUUAAGCUUUGGAAAUUCACAACCACAUCACCUGAUUCUUGAUACAUAUCAUAUCACUUAGUACUUCUCAUACCAUUACACCAAAAAUGUUGUUGAUUCGUCUCCCAAUACAACGAUUUAGAACCAUGAUGAAGAUUGUGUCAACCACUAUUGGUAGAAAAACACAACUUUAUAAAGAAUAAAGGACAAAUAAGUUUUAUUUUAGAAUUAUAUUGUUUUUAUGUUUGGAAAUGAUAUGAAGAUUGUACCAAUUGCUCUUUUUGAGCCUUCUCAUGCUCUUAUUUUUAACGUUCUUCAAACUGCUAAUAAUUAGUGGGUUGUUAUUGUUGCUUUUAUUGAAUAAUUUUCUCUAGAAAAUUCAUGAUCAGGUAAAAUGCUUUGUUCUCAGUUCCAGGUAGGAAGGUAGGACAUGAUAAAAGUCUGAAGCAAGCCCAAGCAUUUGAACCAGUUAGAUUGUAAUGGAAAAUGGUGAUAAAGCAAGAUGAUUCAGAGAUUUCGGACUUGAUCCGAAGCCCUUCACGACUUCUCUUUGUUGCGGCAGAGCAUGGAAACACCAAGUUCUUGAUUGAGCUUAAUGAAGCUUAUCCUGAUUUGAUAUGGAAAGUAAAUAGCCAGAACCAAAGCAUAUUUCACGUUGCCGUUUUACAUCGUCAUGCAGGAAUAUUCAAUAUUUUAUAUGAGAUAGGCUCGAUUAAGAAUUUAAUUACUGCAUAUAGAGAUCAAGAUCGUAAUAAUAUGUUGCAUUUGGCUGCGAAGAUAGCACCCCCAAAUCAACUUAAUAUCGUGUCAGGGGCAGCUCUUCAAAUGCAAAGAGAGCUACUGUGGUUUAAGGAGAUGGAAAACAUUAUGCAACCUUCAUAUGUAGAAAAGAAAAACUCAAAAGGCAAAACACCUCGAGCUUUAUUUACUAAGGAGCACAAAGACUUAGUUGAGAAAGGGGAGGCAUGGAUGAAGAACACCGCCUCCCAGUCUAUGGUUGUUGCAACACUUAUAGCAACCGUAAUGUUUGCUGCAGCUUUUACUGUACCAGGCGGCAAUGACAGCAAUACAGGAAUCCCAAUCUUUCGAAAGCGUAGUUCUUUCAUGGUUUUCGCAAUAUCAGAUGCCAUAGCAUUAGUCACCUCUUCCACUUCAAUACUCAUGUUCUUAUCUAUACUCACCUCACCUCACGCUAUGCUGAAAAUUAUUUCUUGGAAUCAUUGCCCUUUAAGCUCAUGAUUGGACUCACGACACUCUUCAUCUCCAUAACUACCAUGAUGGUAGCUUUUGGUGCGACAUUUUUCAUUGUUUUUGACCAU